AUGGGGACUGACGGAUUCCUAGUCCUAUCAUUGCCUAUAGUCCCUAACCUAUUCUUCACAACACAGUUGUACAUUAAGCGCCACAUUUGUACUAAAAAUGAUGGGAAAGAAUAUCCCAGUGGUAGAACAUUGUUCAUAACAUUCCCUGGGGAAUCUAUGGAUAAGAAUGCAUUGGAAGAUAUUUUAUCACAAUAUGUAACCAUAGAAUUGAUAGAUUUGAUGGUUAAACGACAAAAAAGAGGGUUUAUAGACAAGAUAAAUACUUUGUGCCAUGUAGUUAUGUCUACUGAGUCACAGCUAGAAAAAAUAAUUACUAUGGGCACUAGACCUUUCAUAGACAAUAUCAAUUUAUUGGCACUGCCAAAUCCCCUAAAAUAUAGUCACAAGAAUUGCUAUGAUCACAAACAAACAUACAUGAAUUUCGUGGAGAAACCCGAUAAUAUGUCCAAAAAAGUAGACGAAUAUAUGGCAAAAUAUGAUAUAAUGAAGGAAAUUGAGCGCAAGGUGGCCGAAAAAGCCCUUGUUGAUGAGGAUGGAUUUGUACGUGUUACUAGCGGUCCUAAAAUUAGGAAAUGUGAUGUUGUCAAAACAGGUUUCGGUGACUUUUACAAGUUUCAAAACAAACAAAUAUAA